AUGUCCGUCUUCGGAGCCACCCUCCCGACCGCCGGGCUUCCCGGGCCGGCGGAUGCCACCGGGACCGAGCACCCGCCCUCCCCACAACAACAACAGCAGCAACAACAGCAACAACAGCAACAACAACAGCAGCAGCAGCAGCCCCCCUCCAGUGGCUACCACUCGCGCUCGGUUUCCAUGUCCUCCUCUUCCUCGUCGGCCGGGGCCGGGUCCGGAUCCCCGUCCAUCAGCCGGUCCUCCUCCGGGAUGUCCUGCUCGUCGGCCGGCUGGCGGGCGGAGUCAUCGCGUGCCCCGCCGGCCAUCGUGGUCCCCUUCACGCCGGAGCCCCCGGCGCCCGGGGUCCUGCCGCGGCUGACCGUGGUGUCCCCCUGCGAGUCGGACCUGGUGCGCAUGGCCAGUCCCCGGCGUCGUGGCGGCGCGCCGGCCGGCAGCCGGCCCCUCUCCGGCGGGGUGUCCCUCUCGCGAUCGGCCAGCCUGGAUGCCACGGUGGCGUCCUUCUACUCGCAGGCCGUGCUGGCUGAUGGCCCGGUCAGCCCGGUGCCUCCGGCGCCGGCGGGCGCCGGCGGCCCCCCCGCCGCCACGGUCGAGGAGGCCGCCGCCGCGGCCGGGCUCUCUUCCAAUGCCACCCCCUCGGCGGUGGCCAUCGCCACGGCCGUCGCCGCGGCCACCUCCGACGGCAUGCAGCCUCCGCCGGGCGGCAUCCAGCCCUUCCGCUUCCCGCAGCACGAGCUGACCACCCUGCUCCGGGGGUCCACCGUGGCGUCGGCCCUGCUGGCCAAGCGGGGGCUCGAGCUGGCCCGCACGUACUUGGCGCAGGUUCUGCGCCCGGGUGUCAGCGCCAUCAUCCGCCGCCGCGCGCCGCGUCUCUCCCUCCGGUCGUCCGGGGAUCCCGAAGCCGCGGUCAGGCAUUUGACGGCCGCGGUCCGGCUGCUGCUGGAUCCGAUUCUCCAGUCGCCGGAGCUCGCCCCACCGGGCUUCCGGGACCUCUUCCGCCUGUACUACUCGGAGAUGGCCAAGACCUUCGGCGAGAGUGCCGCCCUCGCCACCACGCGGGCCACUCUCUUCCUCCGGUUCUUCGGGCCGGCCAUCGCUCGGCCGCACACGGUCGGCAUCAUGCAGUUCGACGACGACUCGGAUUCCGAGGACGGCGAGGACGACCUGCCGUCCGCCGUGCCGGCCGGGCUCAUCAGCCCCGAGCGGGUGGACGAUCUGGUGGCCGUGGUCAAGGUCAUCCAGAUGAUGGCCAAUGGCUCGCGCUUCUCCCCCCCGGCCCCGGGCAGCACCGGGCCCCUGGCCAAGGAGCAGCUCCACCAGCUGUCGCUGAACCCGCUGCUGGAGGAGCUGGAGCCCCGGAUUUCGGACUUCUACGACCUAUUUUUGUUUAACCAUGUCGUCUCUCGGCCCGGCGCCGUGCCCGCCUCCCGGGCUGCCGAGCCUGCCGCCGGUCCUGACGGCAUUGCCUCCGUCCCAGGCACCGCCCCCGGGCCGGCGCCGGUGGCCCCUCUCUCGCCGCCGGACACCCCGCUCGGGGCGCGCCCCGCCAGCGCCGGGACCGGCACCCCGCCGUCCUAUGCGGCGGCCCUGGAAACCGCGUCGCCCGGCUCGUCGCUGGACUCACUGAUGGCCGAGCCUGCCGACAGCCCGGCCCCCCACGAAGAGGGCACCCUCCGGGAGUAUGGGUCCCUGUCGUCCCUGCGGACGGCCGGCAUGUCGGCCUCCAUGCCCCUGAUGCAGGUCCCGGGCCGGGCGGCCGGGGUCCCAGGGGGGGCUGACGGCGCGGCCGCGGUGGUCCCCCCAUCGCCGACAUCGAUGUUGCCCCCGACCGGGGCCCACCAUCACCGCGGGGCGUCGCUCCCGACCGUCGGCGGCAUGAUGGCCGCCCUGGCGCCCGGGUCCUCCUCGUCCACCUCCUCCUCCUCGUCCACCUCCUCCUCGACCAGCCCCCACUCGGACCUGCUGUACUCGGUGUCGCCGUUGGGCCUGGCCGGCGACGCGCUGGUCCUCACCAACCAGGGCCUCUAUCACUUGGGGCAUCCGCCCCCCGGGCCGGACUCCAUCCUGUGCGGUGUCCCGGCGGCGGCCGGCAACAAUGCCCGGCGGCGCUCGGUGGCCCUGAUCGAGAUCCUCGGCCAGAGCGAGACGGUGACCAGCCAGCCGCCGCCCGGGCGGCCGCCGGUUCCGCCGUCGGCCGGCAAGGCGGCGCCCCUCCCCUCGGGCCAGCAGCCGGGCCCCCGGGGGCCGGAGGCCGACGCGGUUUCCAUGUCGGUGGCCAGCCCUGCCCCGAGCCCGGCCACCACCCCGGCCGGGCCGGCGUCGGCCAUCGACACCACCAUCGCGGCGCCGCCUGCUCCGGUGGCUGCGGCUGCCCGCAGCGCCAGCCCAGCCACUCCGGCAGCGGUUACGGCCGCCGCCGCCGCCGCCGCCGCCGCCGCCGCCACUGGCAGCAAUGUCGUCACGCACAUCGCCACGGAGAUCACGGCCGAGCCGCUGGUCCUGGUGGCCGGGGCGCCGCUGCCCCCGGGCCAGGCUAUCCCCCCCCCGCCGCCGGAUCUGGACCGGGCGCCGCCUCCCCUGUCGACGGCCGAGCUGAAUGAGAGGCUGGUUCACCUGAAUGACCGGACCAGCCCGGCCUCCUCCUACCGGACAACCUACGACAGUCUGCUGAUGCAUUCGUCCUCCCCGUCGACCGGGCCCGGGGCCGCGUCCAGCCCGGACCGUCUGUCAGCCGCGUCGGGCGCCGGGGCCGGCGGCGCCUCGUCGCCCAUCAGCCCCUCCGCCGGGCAUGUGGACACCCCGGCCCCGAGCUCCGCGGUGCGCAAGUCCGUCCGGCGCCUGGUGCGCCAGCUGGCCGUUCCCCUGCGCCGGGCAUCGGCCUAUGCCGCGACCACGCCCCGCCUGCGGGCCCCCGCCUCCUCGGCCCUGUCCGACUCGGAGCUCCGAGCCGCGGAGCUGCUGAUGCUCCGCCGGGACCUCGCCGGCGCCCUGUGCCAAUCGCUGGCCACCAGCAAUGUGGACCUGCACGAGCAGCCACCCCUGGAAUCCAGCCCCAGUGUCCCGCUCGCACGGCCGGCGGCGGAGCCGGCAGCGGCGGCCCCGGCGGCCACCGCCUCGCCCUCGCGGGCGCGGGCCCUCCUCGGCGGCGGGGGCGCCUCGCUCGGGGGCCGGUACGGCACGCUGAGCCGGCUGAAGAGCGCCUCGACGUCCUCGCUGUCGCAGCCGCCCAACCGGCCGCUGUCGGUGGUCGGGGUGUCGGACUCCUACCUGCUGGAGGUGGCCGACCCGCUGCUGAGCCCGCAGUCCAUCGAGUUUGUCAAGCUCAUGCUGCAGUAUGACACGCUGAUUGUGGGGGCCCUGUGCGAGGUGACCAAGGCCGCCACCGUGGACAUGGUGGUCGGGGACCUGUGCACGAUUUUCUCCUUCUUCGGCCAGCUGGGCCGCCUGCUGCAGUAUGUCAUCGCACGCGAGCUGGCCUGUGCCUACACCAAAUUCCGCGAUGUGACCCUCUUCCGGGAAUUGGGCUUCCGCCCGGCGGCCGUGCUGAAGUUCCACUCGGACCACCUGUGCCUGCCCUUUGCCACGAGCCUGUUCGGGGGCGAGGCGCCGCCUCCCCCGGAGCCGGCCGGGGGGGGGUCUUCCUCGCCCUCCCCCUCGUCGGCGUCAUCGGUGUCUUCUUCCUCUGCGGCCCCGGGGCUGGCGUCUGCCGGGGGUUCCUGGCGCGGGAGCAGCUUCAUGCUGGCCUCCCUGGCCCAGCUGCUGUUGCCCCUGGCAUCGGGGCCGAAUUCGGCCGACUCGAGUGGGGCCUCGUCGCCGCAGCUGCCGGCGGCGACCGCGGCGGCCGGCGCAGCCGGGCCGAUGCCGGGGUCACCGCCGGGCGCCGGGGGACCCGCCCCCCCGGCCGAUGCGCCGCCCCCAUCGACCCCGGUCCGGACCCUUCGGUCUUUCUCGCUGAGCGGCGCCUCGCCCGGUGGCAAGGCCGGCGAUCGAGCGGACGAUGGGGCCGGCCCCGGCAGCCCGGUGCCGGCGGCCGGCCGGCCGGCCGCCGGCCCCGCUGGUGCCAUGGUGGCGCCCUGCACCGCGCCGGCGCACUGUGGCUGUGCCGUGUCCUGCAUCCAGACCAAGUUGUGUGCCGGGGCGAGUGCGCGUCUGGCUCUGGCCGGCGGCGGCGGCGCUACCACCGGCCCCGGGGCCCACGCCCCGUCGGCCGGGCCCGGGCCGGCGUCGGUGCCCUUGCGCGGCGUCGGCACCGCCACCCUGGACCACUGGCACUCGCGCUAUGUGCUGUAUGAGCGGGGGCAAAUCAACAUCUACGCCUGCGAGCAGGCCUUCCUCGGCCGGCGCCUGCCCAUCCUGUCGAUUCCCAUCUAUGCGGUGGCCUAUGUGGCCAUUGAGAUUGCGGCUCCCCGGGCAGGGGCCCCGGUCGACGGGGAGUCCCUGCUGGCUUCGUCGGCCGCCACGCCGGCGGCGGCCGGGGCGGCGGCGGCGGCGGCGACGGCCUGCCGCGACCUCAUCGCCAUCACAUAUCUACUGGAGCCGGCCGGGGCCGGGGCCGGGGGCCUGGCCAGCCCGCUGAUCGGCGGGGACCCCGGGGCCACGGCGGGGCUCCUGCCCACGGUGUCGGCCAAGGCGGCCCUCGACCAGCUGGUGCUCUAUGUGUCUGGGGCCCCGGCGUCGAUCGAUGCGCCAGGCGGCGGCGGCGGCGGCGGCGCAUCCGUGGUCACGGUCGUCCCGUCGCACGCCAGCAGUGCGUCCACUUCGUCGGCCCUCGGCGGGGCCUUCUCCCCUGCCGUCGGCGGGGGGUCUUCCUCCUCCUCCUCCUCCUCCUCCUCCUCCUCCUCGUCCUCAUCCGGGCCGCGGAAUAUCUCCACCCCGCAGUCGGUCAGCUCGACGGCCCUGCGGGCGGCCAUCGCCGGGGCCAUCCCCCGGGGGGCCGGGGCAUCGGCCGCCUCGGCCACGCUCAUCCUUCGGCCGUCCGACCGCGCGGUCAUCCGCGAGUGGCUGCCCCUCUUCCGCCGGCACGCGCUCCUGGACAAUGAGGUUGAGGUGCUUGCGCAGCUCAGCCGCGGGGGCUAA